AUGAACAACAAACAAGACGCAGUUGGGCGCCUAGACUCUAGCGAUGCGCUACGCUACGUUUGGCUAUUCUGGCGCAUAACGGGUAUACAUCCAACCGCAAAAUAUGGGGGCAUAUAUUGGCUUUACUCGCUGCUAUUGAACUUCUCCAGUUCCGUGCUUUUUAUAGCAUUUUACGUGGUCACAUUCUUCAUUAGCACCGAUCUGCUUGAAACGCUGACGAAUCUCAGCGUUAUGGUACCACUGAUCUACACCUCCACCAAGCACCUCGUCGUCUUCUAUCACAUCAGAGGCAAAUUGCCGCAAGCAGCGUGGCAUUUACAGGCGUUGGACCGACGUGUUGAACUGGAGCCAGCGGCGUGUGAGUACUUGAGACGCUUGGUGCAACGCUGUCAUCGAAUUUUCCUUGCGGCUUUGGCUGGUAUUGGUGUCUGCUUGGCACUUUACGCGCUGGUUGGCAUAGCUCGUCAUAAGCUACCAUUUGAGGGUUGGCUACCACUCGAUUGGGAGCACUCGCUUAACGCUUAUAUAUUGGCCUGUGCAUAUCAGUUGUUCUGCCUGAGUGUACAGUCGAUCUAUGCGCUGUGCAGUGACACCUAUUCGAUCAUAUAUUUGUUGCUGUUGGUGGCUCACCUGCGCAUCUUGAAUGCGCGCAUUGCACGGAUCGGUGGCGCGUGUGCGGCGCAAUGCGGGGAAGUGGCUAACUAUCAGCAGUUGGCGGACUGCGUGCGUGAUCACUGGGAGUGCAUGAAAUGCAUAAGUCCCGCUAUAGCUGCUACAAUCUUCGUACAAUUCCUCAGCACCGCCUUUGCGCUUUGCACCGCCGCUGUGGCCUUCGUGAAUGCCGAUUCCAGUGUGGAGCAGCUUAUGAAAUUUCUGCCCUACCUCCUGGUGGUGCUCUGCGAAAUCGCGCCGUGUUGUUGGCUUAUGGAUGAGGCCGCCCUGGAAAUGCUCAAAUUGACGAAUGCACUUUUCUCUUGUUGUUGGUAUGAGCAGAAUUUGCGCUUUCGUCGUUCUUUAAUUAUUUUCAUGCAACGCUCUCAAAAGGUGGAAAAAAUAUUGGCUGGUAAUAUUGCGCCAGUUUCGUUGGAUACCUUUAUUAAGAAAUAA